AUGUGCUACCCAGAUGAUACCCCUUCUUAUCCAUGGCAUACAGGUCCCCCUAGUCUACGUCGAUAUAUUCGAACGAUUUCAGGUCCACGACCUUGUCGUCGUAUCGAAGCAGCGCAAGCUCAGUUGGACAAUCUUGCUGAUUUACUUCGAGCUGAAUCCAUCGUAGUUGCAAAUUCAAUUGAUGAAAUAUUUGAUGAGGAUGUUGGACAAGUUCUCAGUCGAAAACAAACAUCAAUAGCUGACAGUUCACAAACAAAUAUUAAUGAUAAUAUUAUUCAAAAGAAUAAAAUUGAUGUGUGUCGACCACUAAACUCAUCACAAGAACCACUUUGUUUUAAUUAUCAGCUAGCCACACCUAAUUUCAAAACCCAAUAUCAGUUUGGUCUUGCAUGUCCACGAGAUAUACUGAUCACGUUCGGUGAUACUGUGGUAGAAGCACCUACGUCUAUUCAUACUCGGUAUUUCGAAUCUGAGUACUAUAAACCUCUCCUUUAUUCUCUAUGGAGACAAGAUUCAAAUAUGAAAUGGCUUCAACCUCCGAAACCUACAUGUUCACUAAUAAAAAUGUUUCACGAUGUCGACUAUUGGGAAAAGGUAAAUACAAAAGAUUACAACAAAUCAAUUUUUGCCAACAGUGGCUAUAAGACAAACUUGAAUGAAAAUGAAAUUGCCUUUGAUGCUGCCGAUAUUAUACGUAUGGGAAAAGAUAUUUUUUAUAAAAAAGCUGCAUCAGCGAAUAAUCAAGGUUUAUACUGGCUUCGUCGCACGUUUCCUCAUCUUCGUUUUCAUAUGAUGCAUUUUCCAACCGAUGGUAGUUAUCAUUUGGAUGUUUCACUUAUACCAUUACGACCACCAACAUCAGGCUCACAUGGUCUUAUACUUCUCAAUCAAAAUUAUCCACCAUUGGCUAGCGAAAUGAAAUUAUUUACUGAUAAUGAUUGGCAUCCAAUAUGGGCACCUUCAUAUUCCACCAAUGAUGUACCUCCGCUUGCUUUGUGCACCGGCAAUCUUAAUACAAAUAUACUUUCACUCAAUGAUCAUAGUGUAGUGAUUGAAGAAUGUGAGACAUCACUCUAUCGGUUAUUACACGAUGAACUUGACUUCGAUGUUAUUACGUGUCCUUUUCGGGUGCUCAACGAAUUCGGCGGUGGUGUUCAUUGUGGUAUGAAUAUAAUAUAUCUUAAAUCAGGAUUCAAUUUUUUUUUCGUACAAUUCUUCUAA